UCGUGUCGUUUUGUGCACAGGCCGAACCUGCUUUGAUGUACGACGCGGUAAACGUGUUCGCUAACAGCAUCGGAUCGCUGGACGGGUCGUCCAAUUCAAUGCAAUCGUCGAACGUUUCGUGCAAGACGUCGGACCGUUGGGCGAACGGAACGUUUCUGUACGAUCGACUCAACGCGGUGAGCAUCGAAGGCCUGACCGGCAAAGUUCACUUUGACGAAGGGAGGAGAUCAGAUAUCAAGCUGGACUUGCUGAAACUACAUCAGGAGAAAGUGAAAAAAGUUGGUUUUUGGACACCGUCGACCGGCAUCAACAUCACGAAACAUUCCGUAUUUUACGGACACCAGAGCUCMAACGUGACACUGAUCGUGGUCACCAGAGUCGAAAAACCUUACGUGAUGAUCAAAGAGGACAAAAACCUAACAGGGAAUUCAAAGUACGAAGGAUUUUGUAUUGAUUUACUACACAGAAUAGCAUCACAAGUAGGUUUUCAUUACGCAAUCACAUUAGUACCUGACAACAAGUAUGGAGCUUACGACCCCACCACGAAGCAAUGGAAUGGUAUAGUCAGAGAACUCAUGGACAAGAAAGCAGACUUAGCCAUGGGUUCAAUGACUAUUAACUAUGCUCGAGAAAGCGUUGUCGACUUCACAAAACCAUUUAUGAACAUGGGAAUAGGCAUAUUAUUUAAGGUCCCRAGUAAUGAACCAUCCAAAUUGUUCGCUUUCUUAAAUCCCUUGGCGACCAGUGUCUGGAGCUUUAUGUUUCUCGCCUACAUGGCCGUGAGUUUUUCACUGUUUUUUCUGGCCAGAUUCUCCCCGUACGAAUGGCGGCCACACACCGAAGAAAAUUUCCGAGAUGGUCGUUUCACCAUAUCRAAUUGCUUUUGGUUUGUCGCAGGAGUUUCAUUGAAACAGGAUGCAGGCAUCACUCCAAAGGCAACUUCCGCUAGAAUUCUAGGAGGUAUAUGGUGGUUCUUCACAAUCAUAAUAAUACCAUCUUACACAGCUAACUUGACGGCAYUGAGAACAGUCGAGCGGCUACAAAAACCCAUACAAAAUGUAGCGGAAUUAUCAUCGCAAGAAAAAAUAACAUACGGGACCCUUGAAGGGGGAUCGACCAUGUCAUUUUUUAGGGACUCCAAAAUACCAAUAUACCAAAAGAUGUGGAAGUUUAUGGAAAAACAUCAAUCGGUAUUUGUAUCAACUUACGAAGAAGGCACGAAAAAAGUACUUGGGGGGAAUUAUGCAUUUUUAAUGGAAUCUACGAUGAUAGAUUAUGCCGUUCAAAGAGACUGUAAUUUAACGCAAAUCAGCGGUCUUCUGGAUUCUAAAGGUUACGGAAUAGCAACGCCAAAGGGUUCUGUCUGGAGAGACAAACUAUCAUUAGCCGUACUAGAACUCCAAGAAAAAGGAGUCAUUCAAAUGUUAUAUGAUAAAUGGUGGAAAAAUGCAGCCGAUAUUUGUAUCAAAGAUGAAAAAGUUAAAGAAUUCAAACCAAAGCCUUUGGACCUUAACGAUUUAGGUGGAGUGUUUGUAUUUGUCUUAUGUGGGCUAACUGUAGCUGUUAUGAUAGCAAUAUUAGAAUUCUGCUGGUAUUCGAAGAAAAAGUCAACAGAUCAACAACUACCUGUUUGUACGGAGAUGGCAGAAGAAUUGAGAUACGCAAUACGAUGUGAUGGUACCAAACACAAAGCAACUUUAAAACGAACGUGUAAUGGCUGCUCACCUAUCACUACAUACGUACCAGCUCCAAUGCAUAUAAAUCACGUUACCAGUCAAAUUGUUUACGUUCCUUAUAAACCAAUGUCAGUAUUAAAAAGGAAGGCAACAGUAGAUUUAAAUGCGAAACCAAACAAACUCAUAAGACAAGAACUUCGUAAUUGUCAAGAAUCAGGUAACCUCGAUAAUGCUGACGUGCAUUUAUUUCGUAAAAGUAUGUAA